AUGUGUAAGUACCUCAUACUGAUACACAAUAGUUCCUAUGAUUGUGCAAAGGUUAAGAAUGUAAGUCCAACAGCUGUUUCCCCAGGGGCUGGCUAUCCAGAUCGAGUUACCAGUUCUAUGGGAUACUCUGUUUCUGAUGCUCCUGCACAUCAGAUUCCCAAGGACAACUACACAGCUAGUCCGGUACCUGAAGUUGUGGUUCCCUUAACAAAAGACCUAAAACAGUCCCAGUAUGUGAACCCCAGCAGGAACAAUGGGUCUGCUAAGGAGUCCCAACAGAAAAAGAAAAGAGGAAGAACAAGAAGAGCCAACAAUGAUAAUUAUGAUGCUGAUUAUACUACAGGUGGCGAAUCUUGUGAUGAACUGGAUGAGAACUGGGACAGAGAGUAUCCAUCUAUAUCAUCAGACCAGCAAAGACAAGCGUACAAGCGAGAUUUUGAUGCAGGAUUACAAGAAUACAAACAAUUGCAAGCAGAACUCGAUGAGAUCAGUAAAGAACUCUCUCGUCUUGACAAAGACCUGGAUGACUACAUUGAAGGCAGUGAAGAAUAUAAGGCUGCAGCUGACGAAUACAACAGAUUGAAGGAUAUCAAAUCAUCCGCAGAUUAUAAGAACCGAAAAGCACACUGCAAGAUGCUGAAGAGUAAACUGUCCCACAUCAAAAGGAUGGUCAGUGAUUAUGACAGUCGGAAGUCAUAACAAGAAGGAAACAAAUCAGGUUGCAUAAGAAUGGCAAUUUUCAUUCAGCUGGAAUACUUUUUUGUUGGACAAUAGUGGGAGAGAUCCUUUGUAUACUUUUAUAUACUUCAUAAUAUUUGUGCCAUGUUUACCAUGAAAUAAGAAUUCAGUAUAUGGGAUCUUUUAUACAAUAGUUUCACUGAGUCAAGGAAUUUUACCACCUAUGUUUUCAGGAUCAACAGUGGAAAUCUUGAGCUAUUGCUUUCCUUGUCUUUGCUAAUUCAUUCCAUUUUUCUCAGUAUAUUGCAAUCUUAAUUUCUGAAAAAAAUGCUAAAUGUUUUUCAUUACAUCCUAUAUAAGCUAUGUCCUUUAUCCAAAACACCCGUCUUCCUCUUAUUCUUAUCCAAUUUUAUAUAUAUAGGUUACUUGUAAAUAAAAAAAAAUAGCAGGCUUUACUUUUAAAUGGUGCCUACAUGGCCCCAUUGUUGAUCAGCCAGUAUAAUAUAUUUUAUUGACUGUGAAACUGAUGUAAAUUUAUUCUGUUAAAAUCUCGACUUGUACUUUAAAUAUCAUUUUAUUACAGAAUUAUAAUUUUAGUACUAGUGUUUUUGACUUGACUAUCCAAUUUGUAACUUUUAUAAAAGUGCCUGUAUAUUAUAUUUGACUAUAUACUAUAUACUAUACUAUAUACAGAUACAAUUCUAUACAAACUUAAUGGGAAGUCCCAAAUCAAUGGAGUUUAUUUCUGAUAUUGUAUACACAAUAACCAAUCCUUUCAAAUUGCCAAAAAAAAAUCUAGACUAUUCUGUAAAGACAUAUGAUACCAUGGCCAAAUGACAAAACAGAAGUAAAAGCAAAUGUAUUCACAUUAUGAGUAGUCCUUGUGUAACAACCACUCGUUCAACAACUGCUUGAAGUUACAGUGGUGCUGAACAAAUGAUACUUUUGACCAAUCCUUGAAGUUUUGGCUGUUCCAACACCCCUAUAGUCAUGUGAUUGCAAUCUGAGUGGUUGCCAAAUGGCUCACACACCUAAAUGGUUGCAGUAUCUUGCAGUCAUGGGAUCACCAUUUUAAACCUUCCCUGCCAGUUUCCCACAAGCAAGUCAAUGGGAAAGCCAACAGAGAAGGUUACAAGUUUUCCUGGUAGGUUGCUUAUGUCCUCCCCCACCCGGCAGAAACUACCUCUGGCCCUGCCAUGUUCAAACCAUAUGCCCUCCCUAUCUGCUUGCAAACUGUCUGGAACUUGCUUAAUGACUCUUCAUCCUUGCUUAACAACACCAAUGUGGGAGCGUUGUAAGGAAGUGAUGUGGUCACAUGACAUUGCGCUUUACAACUACAGUGAUUAGCAAUAAGAAUUCUGGUCUGAAUCACCAUUGUUAACCAAUGACUACCUGUAACAUAUUUAAUGUCGUAAUGCAAUAAUAAUAUUGAAACAUUAAAUAAUAUUAAAUAAUAUAAAUUUUACCAUAAAAACAAGUACCAUAAAUCAAGAGAACCUAACUUUUAUACUAAUUCUAAUUUUCUGUUAGUUUAUCUCUGUUAGUGGGCACUCAUUUGAAAAUUAUCUCUGGUGAUAAUUGAACACUGGUGCUGAUAUCAAACCUUGCAGGUGAUGGGAAAAUUAUAAGCACUGAAUUGAAAAAAACAGAUGCAUUCAUUUCGGAUGUGUUCCAAUGUUGUACCUCAUGAAUGGAACUAGGGAAUUUGUUUUUGGGGGUGGGUCCCUGAAACUGCCCGAUUUUAGGUUUCUGACAGUGGCUGCAUCCUGAAUUAGAGGUGGGGAGAGAUGAUGGGGAAUAAAAGGAAUGCAUGCCAUACAAUUAGCAGAGGUAUAUGAUGAGUCUAAACUAUGGGAUUGCAAACAAGUUUGACUGUAGAGCCAUAGAGUUGGAAAGGACACCAGAAGUUAUGCAGUCAGAGAGUCUGUUGGACUAUGUUGCAGGGUCUGUUGAACCAUGUUUUUAAAACUCAAUUAAGACCAGUAGGAUUCUGUCAUGACUAAUAAGUCCCACACUUCGAAAUGUGACUGUUUGGAUCCAUCUACUGUACAUUUAUGUAAACACUGUAAUAAUUUUUGUUUUUAAAAAAUCACUUUUUUUUAAAUAAUGGAAAUUGUGUUUAAAAUAUGUACCUAGAAUGCAAUAUCUACAUAUUGAAAGACUGGAUUUCAUUUUGCAAUUUGUGAUACAGUGUCAAUAAAAUACAACUUUGUCAAUGUAUAAACAAA